AUGUCACACCAAACACACUCCUUUCACAUAGUCCACCCCAGCCCCUGACCCCUCGCCGGGGCCAUAGCCGCCAUAUUAUUAACAACAGGCCUGACCUUCUGAUUCCACUAUGACUCUAGCCUUAUUCUAUUGCUCGGCCUAAUCACCACUCUAUUAGUAAUACUCCAAUGAUGACGAGACAUUAUCCGAGAAAGCACCUACCUAGGACACCACACACCUGCAGUACAAAAAGGACUACGCUACGGCAUAAUCCUUUUUAUCACAUCAGAGGUCUUCUUCUUCCUGGGCUUCUUCUGAGCAUUUUAUCACUCAAGCCUUUCCCCCACCCCUGAGCUAGGGGGACAGUGACCCCCAGUCGGAAUUACCACCCUUGACCCAUUUGAAGUUCCCCUCCUAAACACAGCUGUCCUCCUUGCCUCUGGGGUAACAGUAACCUGGGCCCACCACAGCUUGAUGGAAGCCAACCGAACACAAGCAAUUCAGGCCCUAACACUCACCGUACUCCUUGGCCUAUACUUCACCGCCCUUCAAGCCAUAGAGUACUACGAAGCCCCCUUUACAAUCGCAGACAGCACCUACGGAUCAACAUUCUUCGUUGCAACCGGCUUCCACGGCCUCCAUGUUAUUAUUGGCUCAACAUUUCUCAUAGUCUGCCUAUAUCGACAGACAAAAUAUCACUUCACAUCCAACCACCACUUCGGGUUCGAAGCCGCUGCCUGAUAUUGACAUUUUGUAGAUGUCGUCUGACUCUUCCUUUACAUCUCAAUCUACUGAUGAGGUUCAU